UCCAUAUCAUAUCAAACUGAUCCAUCCAUCUAUGACAUGUAUUUAUUCUUACUUGUUUUGUGUGUGGAGUGGUGUGUGUACUUGUAUGCCUUUCCAGGCUUAGUAAUAUUCUCAGCUCCAUGCCUUAUCUUCUUCUACUCUACUGACUUAUUACUUGCUCUUUCUAUCUCUCUUUCUCUCUCACCAAAUAAAAUAAGCAACAAAGCCUGAUCUCAAUUGAGGGAACAAAUGGAGCAACAGCUACAACACAAGCAAGAACAAGAACAAGAGCUCGACCCCAACUUUAUGUAUCUCAAGUUUGUCAAUCAAGAUGAAAAGGCAACUUAUAUAAAGGUGCUUCGGAAAUCAAAGAUAACCAAGGCAUUUAACAAGUACUACCAAGUUAACAACAUACAACAUGGCAUCGCUCGCUUCCUUUUCAAUGGCAAUUGCAUUCUUCCUACCUGCGAUGCCACUCCCUCUGAUUUGUAUAUUCAUGAUAAAGAUCAAAUUGACGUUUUUCGCGAGGUUAAUGGAGGUGCUCCAUCCAUAUCCUAAACCAUAUAUCAACUUCAAUUCUACCGCUGCUUUUACUUUAUCUUAUUCAUUAGUCACCGUACGGUGUAUAAGGUUAUCCUUGAUUAAAUACUCCGUAUUAAUUAGUAGCUAUCCUUGGGAUUUUAAGGCUGUUCAUUAAUUGGGGACCUGGAUAUGUAUUACUCUAACCUUUAAUGUUUUAUUAUUUAUGCUUAAACACCAAACUCAUCACUGCCCUUUACUAAACUACUGUAAUUCACAAUCAUCAGUUGUUGUGCUUCCUUUGCU